GCCCCCCAGGAAGCUGCUGAGGUCUCUGUGUUACCUGGACCAUUCCAUCAGAAAUUUGGAUACCUGUAUGGAUGCUAUCAUUCAUCAGAAAGUGAAAGUGGCCCAAACCCUACAUAUAGGUCAGGGCUAAAUAAUUGCUAACAUUAUUAUAGCACUUACUUUAUAGUAAGUGUUCUCUUAAUCCUUAAAAAAGGCUGGAUGAGGUAGAUGCUAUCGUAACUAAUUUUUUAACGUGAAGAAACGGAGGCACAGAGAAGUUGAGUAACUUGUUCAAAGUCACCCAGAAGUAGGAAUUUGAACUCGUCUCCAGCGUCUGUACUCUGAACACCCUGUAUUGCUGCUGUGUCUGCUUAGAUCACUUGUCCCAUGAGAUGCCUUCAGCUGAUGCCCUAUUCCGUGGCUCCACAUCCUGUGUGUGCUUCCUCCACCUCCCUUCCCAAAGGGCACUGUUGGCCUUUGGAAAUGGGUGGGUGGUGGUGAGGGGAGCCCACGGUGUUGAUAUUGGGGAUGGGGUAAGAAAUCGAGACCCGUAAGCCUAGAGAGAAGCUCCUUGGUCAUUGGCGCCAGCUGGCAAAGGCUGAGCCUACUAAAGCCCACCGCUGCUGCUGCCUGAUUUCUGGCCUUGCCUGCCUCGCCCUCUUCGAGGUCUGGCGUUCGCUUCCGGCCUCACCUAUGCUAAGCUCUUCCAGGAGACUGGAAGGCACGAGGACAAGUGAUCACGAAGCUGCCAAUCCUCAUUUCCACACCCUCCUCCACGCACAGAGGUACUGAGACACCUAGGGUGGUAAGUGACUAACCCAAGGUCAUACAGCCCCAGCUGGGAAGACCAGAUGUCCGGACUCUCCCUCCUCACGUUCCUAGGCACACUUUCCCUCUCCUCGCCUGCAGCCCAGAGCUUUCCUUAUUGCACAUCCCGCCUCCCUACCCAGCCCCCGGUUCCCGGGAGUCGCUUCUGACGCUCAUCAGCCUCCAGGGUCCAGCGCUUCCUGCUGGCGCUUCCCUUCCGCCGGAUUCCCAAGCCGGAGUCGCCCCAGCUCCGAGCGCAGCCCUCAGGAGCGCUGCCUUCCGGGCUGGCCCGGCCGCCCGCCCUGACCACGCGGCGGCCCCCUCCGUGCCCCGCAGCCCGGGACGGCGGGACGCUGAGGCAGCCGGGCGAGCCGGCUUCCCCACUCGUCGCCGAGGGGCUGCCCCAAGCCCCGGGUCCAGAAGGGCAGGGCCGGCUCGGGACCCUGUUCUCGUCCCUCCUCCGGACGCCGGGACCCCCUAACCCCUGUGACGUCCUCCGCGUCGUCCGUCCCCUCACCCGCCCGCCGACCAGCCGCCUCCUUCGGAAAGUCCCAAAGUGUCACGUUCGAGCCCACAGAGGUGGGGCGCGGCCUCUGGCUCCCGGGAGGGCUGCCCCCAGCGGAGCGAAGUGCUUCCUCCUCUGCGCCCGCCAUCCGGCCGCGGCGCCCGCCGCGCUGGCUGCUCGCGCCGGGGCCCUGGGCGACCCAUGUGCGCCCUACCCUCCGCCUGGGACGCGCGCACCAUGGACUCGCGACCCGGCUUCCGAAGGGAGGCCGCCUCUUGGUUGGACAAUUAGCGCAGGUGGGCGGGGAGUCGAGGAACCCCACGGGCGCGCUUCUCCAUGAAGAUUCUUAGGCUUUCUCUGAAGAAAGGAGUGCAUAUGCUGCAGUGCCUCUGUGGAAGGAGCCUCAGGUCCAGCCACAGCCCGAGCGAACCCCAGCUGAAAGGAAUUGUGACAAGGUUAUUCAGCCAGCAGGGAUAUUUCCUGCAGAUGCACCCAGAUGGUACCAUUGAUGGGACGAAGGACGAAAACAGCGACUACACCCUCUUCAAUCUAAUUCCUGUGGGCCUACGUGUGGUGGCCAUCCAAGGGGUGAAGGCCAGCCUCUAUGUGGCCAUGAAUGGUGAGGGCUAUCUCUACAGCUCAGAUGUUUUCACUCCAGAAUGCAAAUUUAAAGAAUCUGUUUUUGAAAACUACUAUGUGAUAUAUUCUUCCACACUGUACCGUCAGCAAGAAUCUGGCCGAGCUUGGUUUCUGGGACUCAAUAAAGAAGGACAGAUUAUGAAGGGGAACAGAGUGAAGAAAACCAAGCCCUCAUCACAUUUUGUACCAAAACCUAUUGAAGUGUGUAUGUACAGAGAACCAUCACUACAUGAAAUUGGGGAAAAACAAGGGCGUUCGAGGAAAAGCUCUGGAACACCAACUAUGAAUGGAGGCAAAGUCGUGAAUCAAGACUCAACAUAGCUGAGAACUCUUCUUCCCUCUCUCAUACCUCCCCUUUCCCUUCCCUACCCAGUACCCAUUUCCUUCUAAUCAAUUCACCCAAGGAGAGAAAAAUAAAAUGGCAACACAAGACCUAGUGGCUAAGAUUCUGCACUCAAAAUCUUCCUUGUGUAGGACAAAAACAAAAAACAACAAAUUGAACCAAAGCUUGCCUGUUGCAAUGUGGUAGCAAAUUCAUAUGCUCAAAUUAGUAUAUCUAAAAUCAAAGAAAAAAAUAAAUCAGGAUUCCACCUUGAAUGAAACUAUGUUAUUAAUACUGGGCUAAUUGUAAUGAAGACAUAACUUUAAUAAAGAUGAAAUAAAGUUGUUAUCUUAAAGGAAAGGGUUUUAGAGAAUUGAGCUUACACAUGGAUGUUGUACUUAAUAGCUUAAACUCUGAAUAACUCUGUGCUGUAUGAGUUUGAUCCUGUGUUUUCUUUAGGAAUCUGGAAUUGACAUACAAUUACAUUCUGUUUCUGGGAUUUUUUUUAAUCAUGAAAUUGAAUAUGUAUGAAUUAUAAUUUCUUUUAAUACCAAUAGGUAUAGCCAGGAAGCAUUUAACAUCAAGAAAAGUUUUAAAAAUUAUUCCUAAAACUGUUAUUUCAGAUUGUUUUAUGCAAAAGCAUAAUCUCAUAUUGAAUCUAAUGGCAUUCAUUUAUUUAAAUUUUCAUAAAGAGUUUCAGAUUCUCCUAGGAAAUAUCAUAUUUUCAUCAAAUGUAUGAAUCCAGAAUCUUGUUUAUGUUGGGUAAUUUAUAGAAAGAAUUCUUAGCUAACACUGAAGCAAAUUGUGAGAAUUCUCUUCCAUUGCUAUGUCCAGCCAGUGAGGUCUGCGUUACUACCAUUUGGUCUGACGUUGUGCCUUGUGGACACCUUUCAGGAUGUAGGUGCUUGUUUAACUGUCUUAAGAGUUUUAGACCAUAUUGUGUAGCAAGAAAGAAGGAAGAAAUGUUAUAUAUAAGGAAGUAAGUCCUAGGAAAUUUGUCAAAGAAAAUUAUGUUUUAUUUAUAUAGCAUUUCUAAACUCUGCAAAGAAAUUGGGAAGCAUGGCUGUGUAAUUACUAACUUAACUAUAUUAUGAAACCAGUAGUUUGUUCCUUGCUAUAUAUUCUCAUUUGUAAGUCUAGUUGACAAUAAAUCUGUCUUCUAGAAAAGAGAAGUGUACUAGUAAUACACUGAAUUUUCAAGGGUCAUAGAAAAAUACUAUGGAAUGUUCAGCCAUGGCUUCAAUAGACAGAGGGUUUUGUGAGAGACAUUCAGUGUAAAAGCAGGCAAAUCUAUAAUUAGGAACUCUAAAAUAUUAGAAAAAUAUUAAGGAAGACAUGGAUGCUAUACAGUUGCAUUGGGAUAAACAGAUUUACUCAGUCCUACAAAUCAGGAAUGGUGUAGAGACAUCCAAAUUAAAACAAAAUAAAACAAAACAGAAUGAUAUCAAAUGUAUGCAGAUUUAUGGAUAUUAUCAAUGAGAAGACUUAGCAUGUGACUUCUCCUAUUAUCUCUACUGUCCAGCAUGUAUGUUCCAAAUAUGACUUCCUAAAAUAUAUAUACUUUGCAGAAGCUCUAGGCCCUCACCUCAAACCUUGCCAUUUGGUUGCUGUAUUCCUUCAAGAUCAAGCAUAGUUUCCCUCACUCUACACAAUCAUUAUUCUUCAAUAGAAGUCUGUGUGCUUCACCAAGUAUCCUAUUUCUGUUAUCAUGGUGAUAGCAGAAAAUUGAAUCAAAAGAGUUAGCCGGAUCAGUUGGGAAAAAUAGAUGCUAUGCAUUUAGACAAGAAUAUUGAAUGCUGUUUGGCAAGAGAUAUUUGUUUAAUCAAAAUAUUUGGAAAAUAAACAGUAAAAUACUUAAAAAGGAAUGUUGCUCUUGUAGGAAAAGAAUAUUCUUGUAAAAAAAUACAAAUCUGACUGUAUAUUCCUUGUCACUCUUGAUUCAACUUGAUCAUAAAUAUUCCUGUCACUUCCAGGACCAAACAAAUCCCAAGCACAAAGCCUUAUUUUCUUUGAAAAAAAAAAUAAAAUAGAGGCAUCAACAAAAUUGGUCACCACUGUUUUCGUAUGAAAUUACUUGAGAUUUUGUGGUAAUGCACAGACAUACACAUCAAUAACACAGUAAAUAAUUUCACAAGUGACACAUUUGAUAGAAUUCACAGUCCUCAAUUACCCUGAUGAUUUUAUGAUGGAAUCUGCUUAAUGCAAUUAAUUGUGAAAAAUAUCAUAAGAGUUAUGGAUCUCCCACAAAAUCCCUCCACUUUCAGUCAUUAAUCACCUACAUGUAUGUUUGUCUCCUUUCUAGCAGUUAAAAAGAGUUCUAACCACACAAUUUGCAUAUUGUUUUUCUCCAUAUCAUGUUAAGAAAAUGUCCACUACAAUAAAAAUGCUUUGGAAAUUAGCUUUUUUUCUUUCCAAUACAUUUUAGAGAAUGAAUUGGCAGUCUCAUAUUUCUUUUACACAUAUACUUCCAAAAAUUAUAGUUUAGAGCACGGGUUGAAUGUUUUCUUAACUGCUGCCUAGUUUGAAAAUAUAUGAAACCCUUAAUAGAAAAAGUAAGUAUUUGCUGCCUAGGUUUUAAAAAAAUCCAUUAUAAACGUAAAGUUACCAAUUUUACUCCAAAAUAUGAACAACUAAAAUAAUUCUGUUUUUCAUUGUUCUGAUUUCUGAGCCUUCAAUUCAUCCAUCACACUCUCCUUUAAGUGAAGUAAGAUCUUCAAAACAUGUUGGAGUAGUCUCAAGAAAAACUUGCUUAGUAAACUUUGUAAUUGGCUAUGUAGAUGUAAAUUAAGACAUGUUUGUUGUAAGAGUCCUUAUUCUUGUACGUCUCAAAAUUCAUGGACUAAACAAUGAAAACAAAACUUGAGGGUCACAAAAUAGCCUUCUAGUUAAAUCUCAUUUUAUUUGAAGCCAGAAGUUUGUGGUACAGAAACGGAUGGUGCUGAAGUUCUGCUUGCUAAUAUAGAGACUUUGUGUUCAGGCAAUGAGAGGACAACAAAGCAUCCUCUUCUUGAUCAUAGUAAUGUUGCAAGUUUGAAUUUUGCAUAUGGAUGUUAUAGAAUAUUUUUAGCCACCACGGAUUGGUGCAAUAAAGAGGUAUCAACGUAAUAGCA